UGUUGCAUACAAGUGUACUGACAUCGAGACGCAAAUAAUUGGUAAACGGUGCGAAACAGGAACGGGGAAGGUUGAAGUUUGUCGAUCGGCAAUCAACGGCGUCGUAGUUUUGAAUUGAAUUUACGGUGUUUUUUCGUUCGACAGUGACCGUGAUAAUUCGAGUGCCAAUUUGUGUGACAACAAUGUCCGUGAUUAUGGAUUGUUUUCACCAGUAGCGGACGUGUGAAGUUUGUUAGUCACUUUGUUUAGCCGAGUUGUGAUAAGCAAUUUCUGAACCUUCGUUGUUUCCCAUUAUAAUUCGUGGCAGGUCCGCCAACGACUUUCCGUUUAGCGCGAGUUUUUUUCUAAUCGAGAGACGGCGUCUUUUAUUUCCGAGGGGUAGUUUUCUCCGUCCUUUGCGCCGUUUUUUCCCUCUCUUCAGCUGGGCACGUCAUUCCGCGCAGCACAAGAACCCGUACCUGCUCGUCACGGCCUAGAGCUUCUAUUCGAACACUGAUUGCUGAAAUCAGGGCCACGCACGGACGGUAAAUUCGUCUUCGUAUCUUUAAUUAGAGAUCUGUGAUGUACAAACUCGGCGCCGUGGGAAAAAUCAUUACGUCCACAAUUAAUUUCGUGCACUCGAAAAGGAAAGGAAUUUUCAUAUACAUAAAAAAGAUUUACAAAGACUCAAUAAGUCUUCGAUGUCAAAGAAGUUUUUUAACAUUUCGCUUUUAUUGAACGACUUGGCCGUACGACUGAAAAACGAGGUCAAGUUUUUGCCAAGAAAUAUACGCUGUAGGUCAUUGACUCCGAUGUAAUGGAGUAUUAAUGACACAAGAAGCGUUCAGCUAGGAGAUGCGCCAAGGAUACCUGCUACACAGACAUUGUUACACAUUCUAAACGGACACCGAUCAUUGUCAGCAAGAUGAAGUUGCUGGAGAGUACACGUUUCGAAGCUAUAAACAGUGCCUUGUCAAUCAAGACCGGAGACAGCAAGAUAAUAGGCAGAAUAGAAAGUUACUCCUGCAAAAUGGCUGGAAAUGAUAAACAGCUGUAUAAACGUUUCAACGCAGAGCAAGGAUUUACUCCGCACGAUCUUCAAGCUUUAUCACCACCGCAAACCUCUUUGGGGACAUCGCCUUCUUUUGUCCGCAGUCGCAGUGUUUCUGGCGAUGAAGACGGUCCAUUGUGCGACACAAUCAGUAGAAAAACAUUAUUCUAUUUGAUCGCCACUUUGAAUUCAGCUUUCCACCCAGAUUAUGAUUUUUCUGACGCUAAGAGCCACGAAUUCAGCAAAGAACCAAGCUUGACGUGGGUCAUGAAUGCCGUAGACAGCAAUUUGAGUGCGACAGCGGGAGAUCAUUAUCGCACCCUUCGAACAGCCCUUUGGGCGGCCGUCGAUGAUGAAAUAUCAUUAAGCGAAUGUGAUAUUUAUAGUUACAAUCCAGACUUUGUGUCUGACCCUUUCGGAGAAGAUGGAUGCUUAUGGUCCUUUAAUUAUUUCUUCUACAAUAAGAAACUGAAACGCAUUGUGUUCUUCACAUGCAGAGCAAUAAAUCCCCUCUACGUACUAGAUUCCGGAGUUGGCAGUGACUUUGCCAUGGACGAAGAUGAAGAUAGAUACUAAAUUUACAAUACAUAUUUACAAACUUUAUCCCCAUCUUUAUUAAUUCUAAAGAGGCACGAAUUUCACCUAUUACAUAAAACUCUUAAUUCAAUAUCGCUAGUAGAAAAUAACUUCUACAAUUUUGCUGUUUAGUUUACUAUAGUAUUAAUGUUUAAUUAUAGACGACAGAGAAUCAAACAGAAGAACAAACUUGGGAGAUUUUUAUAAAUCCGUUUUUUUCCCCGUCGUGAAGCAUAUUUUCCACGUACACGUUAUUAUUCAAUAUAUUUUAAGUAUACUGUGUAAGUGGGACUGUGUAAGUCCCACGCAGCUGCAAACAUUCACGUUUCACGAGAUGUGAAGAGAUAUUCGAGUUCGAGAAUAUUGGACAAAGUCUUUACCGUCGUUUGAAUACAAGAACAAAAUUACUCGACGGAUUUUUAAAUUGAUGUUGCGCCGAGUUGCCCUAUUAGGAUUUAAAAGUAAGUCAAUUUCAAAUUGUAGAACGGGAGUAGAGAAUUUUUAGAGCAACGGUAGAUCUGAGAGUGCAGCAUCAACCUUUGAGUCUUAGUCAUUGUACCAUUAAGUUUAAAAAGCUGUGCAAAUUAUUUGCGUCGUUUGCUAUAAAUGUGUCACAAAAUAUUUUCAAUAUAUUAAUAGCACCUAGUGCAUUAACCGUACUUUUUUUUUUUCGUGCGUAACUUCCGGUAAGUACACACGAUCUUAAUUUAUGUUUAUAUGUAAAUAUUUAUUCUAUCAAAUUACGGAGAUUUCCAUCAAAUUUGUCACAAUUAUUUUGAACAAAUUUAUGACUAGUAUGCUAGACUUUCUUAAACACUUCCGUGUAGAAUGGAAACUUAAUUUUAUGUCACUGAUGAAUAUAUACAUGUAUAUAUAUAUCUAUAUAUAUCUCACCGGAUUAAAAGACAGCACUAAGCUCGAUUAGAUUUUUAGGUCUUGGUUAAUAAAAAAAAAAGUAAUUAAUUCUGAGACGAUUUGUAUAACGUAUGUAUAACUUUAGUUCCGUUAAGACUAUACAUUUGUCUGUCAGUAAUUCAAUAAACUUUAUAAAUCGAUGUAGCUCAAUCUUAUAUAAUUUUGUUUUUAUAAAUAGAUGUCUCUGCUAAUAGCUGUUUUGUCGCAUCAGUUUGUGAACAUUCGAUGAAUAAAACGCAAACAUU